AUGGAAACAAACGGUGUGUCCGCAGGGAAACGGAAGCACGGUGGAUCGCCAGCCCCAGAUCGCCCAACAAAGCAUCUCCGAGAGGAGUCUUUCGAGAUCGAUGAGGACGAGAUGAUGCCGGGGGAGGAUGGUAGUUUCAUUGUUGAAGCCAGCAGGAUGCUACCCCCAACCGCUGCGACGCAUGAUUCAGCAGAAUGGCAGAGGACCAUCGAGAGUGUAGUUCGCAACGUUGUAUCGAUUCGGUUCUGCCAGACAUGCUCCUUCGACACCGACUCUGCUAUCACAAGCGAAGCUACGGGAUUUGUUGUGGAUGCUGAAAAGGGUUACAUCUUGACAAACCGACACGUUGUUUGUUCGGGUCCGUUUUCGGGAUACUGCGUUUUUGACAACCAUGAAGAGUGCGACGUCUUUCCAGUGUAUCGCGACCCUAUCCAUGAUUUUGGUAUUUUGCGGUUCGACCCGAAGGCGAUCAAGUACAUGCCUGUUGCCGCCCUAGAACUGAGGCCAGAUCUUGCGCAUGUUGGCGCGGAAAUCAGAGUUGUUGGUAACGAUGCUGGAGAGAAACUCAGUAUUUUAUCAGGUGUCAUCAGUAGAGUAGACAGAAAUGCGCCAGAUUACGGGGAUGGAUACAACGACUUCAACACAAACUACAUUCAAGCAGCAGCUUCUGCUAGCGGGGGAAGUUCUGGCAGUCCCGUGGUUAAUGUAGAUGGUUAUGCUGUUGCCCUACAGGCUGGAGGUAGCACUGAAGCUGCAACCGAUUAUUUCCUGCCCCUUGACAGGCCUUUACGAGCGCUCAGGUGCAUUCAAACGGGCCAGCCAGUCACUCGUGGAACCAUUCAAACACAGUGGUUAUUGAAACCUUUCGAUGAAUGUCGGAGAGUAGGGCUUACGGCAGAGUGGGAGGCUGCUGUGAGAAAAGGAUUUCCAAAGGAGAUCGGCAUGUUAGUCGCUGAAAUUGUUCUCCCAGAGGGUCCUGCUCAUAAUCAUAUCGAAGAAGGUGAUAUCUUGAUCAAGCUCAAUGGAGAGUUGAUCACCAAGUUUGUCCAGUUGGACAAUAUUUUGGAUAGCUCCGUGGGCCAGAAGGUCAAGUUAUUAGUCCAGCGCGGAGGACAAGAUAUGGAAGUCGAAAUUGAGGUUGGCAACUUGCAUGACAUUACACCGGAUCGGUUUGUGACUGUUUGUGGAGCUGCCUUCCACGACCUUUCAUAUCAAUUGGCCAGGCUAUAUGCGAUUGCCGUAAAGGGGGUGUAUGUAUGCGAACCAGCUGGCUCGUUCAGAUUUGAUGGAAUGGACAAAGGAUGGAUCAUUGAGUCAGUAGGCAACAAGAAAUGUUACAACCUUAGUGCGUUCAUCGAUAUAAUGAAGAGUAUACCAGAUCGUGCCCGAGUGGUGGUUACUUAUCGCCAUCUCCGUGAUUUGCACACUAUGCAUACUUCAAUAUUGUACAUUGACCGACACUGGAGUACGAAAAUGAGAAUGGCGAUCCGAAAUGACUCUACGGGACUGUGGGAUUUCUCAGACAUCGGAGAUCCUCUACCCCCAGUGGACCUUGUGCCUCGAUCCGCCCAGUUUAUCCGAUUAGAUAAUGUGAGCUAUUCAGCAGCAACUGAUUUGAUUCGCAGCUUUGUGCGGAUAUCAUGCACAAUGCCCAUUAAACUCGAUGGGUUCCCAAGAGCUAGAAAAACUGGAUUUGGUUUGGUUGUCGAUGCUGGACUAGGACUCGUUGUAGUUUCCAGGGCAGUCGUGCCCUACGAUUUGUGUGAUAUUUCAAUCACUGUUGCCGAAUCCAUCAUUGUGCCUGGCAAAGUUCUGUUUAUGCAUCCAUUGCAAAAUUAUGCUGUGGUGCAAUACGAUCCGAAGCUUGUAGAUGCACCUGUGCAAUCUGCAAAGCUAAGCACUGAGCACGUCAAACAAGGUUCCCCCACAAUCUUCUUGGGUUUUAAUCAGAACCUGAGAGUUGUGGUUGCCAAGACUUCAGUCACAGACAUCACCACCGUCGCUGUUCCCGCCAACUCAUCUGCCCCACGAUACCGCGCUAUCAAUGUCGAUGCUAUUACGGUAGAUACCUCUCUGAGUGGUCAGUGUGGUAGUGGUGUACUUGCAGACGAGGACGGUACCGUCCAGGCCUUAUGGCUUACCUACCUCGGUGAGCGGACCCAUAGUAACAAAGACGUUGAGUACCACCUUGGAUUAGCCACCCCGUCAUUACUACCUGUUAUUCGUCAGCUCCAGGCUGGUGUAAUUCCCAAGCUGCGGAUGUUGAAUGUUGAGCUUCAUCUCGUACAAAUGAGUCAAGUUCGGAUAAUGGGUGUGAGCGACGAAUGGAUUCGCAAAGUCGAAGAGGAUAACCCAGAGCGUCAUCAGCUAUUUAUGGUCCGCAAAGUUGAGUGCGGGUACUCACAGACUCUUGAAGAAGGUGACGUGAUCUUGACCAUCAACGGGAAGGUUAUGACAAGGAUAACAGAACUGGAUGUCAUGUACGAUCACGACUUUUUGGACAUGGUGGUGGUCCGGAAUUGCGAAGAAAUGACCCUAAAAGUUCCCACUGUGCCUACUGAGGACUUGGAGACAGACCGUGCUGUAAUUUUCUGUGGUGCUGUAUUGCACCGACCACACCAUGCAGUUAGGCAGCAGAUUAGCACAUUGCAUUCAGAGAUCUAUGUUUCCGCGCGCACAAGAGGAAGCCCAGCAUAUCAAUACCAGCUAGUACCAACCAACUUCAUUGUUGCGGUGAAUGGAGUUAAGACGCAAGAUUUGACAGCGUUUUUGGCGGAGGUCUCAAAGAUCCCCGAUAACACCUAUUUCAGAUUAAGAGUGAUCACUUUUGACAACAUCCCGUUCGUCAUCACAAUCAAGAAGAAUGAACACUAUUUCCCAACGAUGGAGUUCAUCAAGGAUCCCGCUGAGCCCUGCGGCUGGCGGAGACAAACUUACGAGGGGACCUCAGCACACGCAGGUCUCACAUCAAGUAUCCUCGCCGAGAAUAUGGAAGAAGUUGGUGGUUGCGAGUAA